AUGCGCCCUUCAAUGACUGGUGAACACAAUGGAGUCACGUAUUCUGAAGUCAAGUCGUCGUGAAAACUUGUCUGGAACGCCCGACUAAUUUCAACAGUAGCUGGUCUUGUGACCGAAACCGUCGCAUAUUGACCAUUGUUGCCUUUCUGCUGUAUCGUAAUCACUCCAGAUAUUGCUGAGCAAGCUGUAUGAGAUCACAUGCUAUCCAGAACGUAGCAUAUUACCCCUGCUCAAACUCCCCCUUUCUUCUUGAGAUGUGUUUGAAGUAUUUUCUUUAAAGGCAGCACAGUAGAAAACGUCCAACCGCCAUUUCACAUAAACAUGUCAGAAGUGAACAUGGGAAGACGCAAGGAGAAGUGUGAGAAUUGCACUAAACAGUGCAACAAGAAACAGAGUAGUGAAGGCAUUCUGGAGAAAGAUGGAGCCAACGGAGAGGUCCCUUCCUCCUCGCCUCCCCUCCAGCAGCAGGUGUUGCUGAGUGCCUGUCUGUCCUGUGAGGGCUGUGUGUCCGAGGAGGAGAGCCUAAAGAUCUCCCAACAGAACCUGGAGGAGGUGGCCCGCGUCCUGGGCCUCAACAAGAAGUGUGAUGUGUCCAAACACAAGGUCCUGGUGGUGUCGGUGUGUCCCCAGUCUCUGCCUUUCUUUGCUGUAAAGUUCGGUCUGGACAUUCCUGAGGCUACACACAAACUCUGUGGCUUCCUCAAGAGCCUGGGAGUGCAGUAUGUGUUUGAUACUACUCUAGCAGCAGGGUUCAGUAUUCUGGAGAGCCAGAGAGAGUUUGUCCAGAGGUACCGCAGGAGGAACCAUGAUAACCACGCCCUACCCAUGUUCACCUCCUCCUGUCCAGGGUGGAUCCGGUACGCUGAGCGUGUUCUGGGUAGUCUGGUCACUCCUCACAUCUGUACGGCCAGGUCUCCUCAACAGAUCAUGGGUUGUCUGGUUAAAGAGUACUUCACCAAACAACAGAAGCUGAGCCCAGACAAGCUGUACCAUAUCGUGGUGGCCCCGUGCUUUGAUAAGAAACUGGAGGCGGUCAGAGAGGAGUUCUACAACAGUCUACUGGAAAGCAGAGAUGUGGACUGUGUCCUCACAUCAGGGGAGGUGUUCCUCCUGAUGGAACGGAUGAAGAUGUCAUUAGCAGACCUGGACUCCGUCCCUCUAGACAACGUGCUGGGUGAGGCAGGGGACCCAGCCUUGGUGAGACAUGAGGGCAGAGGAUCGGAGGGCUUCCUGGAACACGUCUUCAAAUACGCUGCUGCGGAACUGUUUGGUCUGGAUGUAGACGAGAUCACGUACAAGACUCUCAGGAACCGUGACUUCCAGGAGGUGUGUCUGGAGCGGGAUGGGGAGGUGCUGCUGCAGUUUGCAUCCGUCUAUGGCUUCAGGAACAUCCAGACCCUGGUCCACCGCAUGAGGACAGGACGCAUCCCCUACCAACUGGUGGAGGUGCUCUCCUGCCCCGGAGGCUGUGUGAGUGGUCGUGGGCAGGCGGAGGGAGAGACAGUGGGUCGGGUGGACAAGGCCUUGGUUCAGCAGAUGGAGGAGGCCUACAGCAGUCUACCAGUCAGGCUACCUGACACCAACCCUGUCCUACGCACACUCUACCAGGACUGGCUGGAGGGACAGGAUUCAACGCACACCAACACACUCCUACACACACAGUACACACAGCAGACCCCCAGCCAGACACAGACACACAUACAGUGGUGACACACACACACACCUCUCGUACACGCACACACACACACACACACACAGAAACUCAAACACACCUCAACAUCCAAAAGCCCAAUCAAUGUAAGGGGUAUCUGGACCUUGGGGGUAUCACUGACCCUCUGUCUUUUAAGUAGCUCUGCAGUGGUUCCCAUGGGUACCAUUGUAUAGGCGGAGGGCCUGGAUGUUGUUUGUGUUCCUUUGCACCCUGCCUAAAGAAUCAAGUCUGGAAAAGACCCAUAUAUCCCAGACUUGAUUCUGAACUUCCUUCAAUCAACCAGAAGGUGGUGCUGUUAUUCCAUCUAAUUUACUGCUCUAGACUGCUGUGGAGGCUGGUCCACUGUGCUUUCACAAUGGAGGGGCAACCCCGGAGCCAAAUAUAUGUGCUAUGUUCCAGAGUGUCCAAUGGGAAAACAAUUUAUCUGCCAGCAAUAACCCUGAAAGGAAUAAUAUCUGAUCCAAGUGGAUGAAGCAGGAGAACUAUCAAACAAACUGGGUCAAGCCUGUAAAUAGGACUAGAAGUAUUCUUAGUAGUGUUGCAUUUCAGAGGGGGAGAAAGAUCCAAACCAUUCAAGUAAAACCAGUUGUACUUGUUUCAACUGUGAAAUGUACACGUUGUUUUGUCUCCUGCGAUUCCAAAAUGCUAAAUGAUCAAUCAAUCACUAAUAAUGCUGGUAGUGCUGUUGUAGCUACCAUUUGCAAUGCAUGUGUUCAUCCAUGUCAUAAAGCACUGGAAUUAUCUUGGCUAUAUAAUUUGUAAGUCGCUCUGGACAAGAGCGUCUGCUAAAUGAUGUAAAUGUAUAUGAUGACCAUUUGAGUUACCCCUAUUGGCCAGUUUAUUAUGUACACCACCCCCUUCACAAAAAUGGUUCACUCCUACAGACAGUGAGUCACGUGGCCUUGGCUUGCUAUAUAAAGCAGGCAGACGGGUUUCAGUUACUGUUCGAUUGAACGUUAGAAUGGGCCAAAGGAGUGACCUAAGCGACUUUGAGCGUGGUAUGAUUGCUGGUGCCAGGCACACCGAAUCCAGUAUCUCUGAAAUGGCAGCCCUCCUGGGAUUUCCACGCAUGGUUUUAUUAACACUUCCUGCCCAAGAUGCAGUAAACUCGAUUAAUGAUGAAGAAUUUGUAGUACUGAUUAAAAUGUAGCAUAGUGAAAACUAA